AUGUCGGCCCCGACACCUUCGACAUACACCUAUGAUCUGGUAUAUAUUAGAACACCAGCUCCGAGUAGGUGGCUCGCGCGCAAGAAGGUCUCAAGUGGCCAUUCCACCCAAGCAGAGCAGCAAGACCUGUUUGUGGAGAUCGCGAGCCUUCGGUCACUGCGCCACCAACACAUCCUUAGGAUAGCGGGGAGCUAUACGGACCUGGAAAGCGUUGCGUAUCUGAUGGAGCCCGUCUCGGAACUCAGCCUCGAGACCUACCUGAACAUCAACAGCAGCCUAGACCCGGGCAACCGUCGCUUCGUCCAGCAGUUCUUUGGCUGUCUUGCAGGGCUAGUUAGUUACAUGCACCGGCCCGGCAUCGGCAUCCGGAACCUGUCGACGCGGAACAUCUUCGUUUCGUCGCAAGGCAGGCUUUUCAUCAGCGGCUUCGGGGCCGCGGUCCAGCAUCCCCCCGAGGCCGAGUACGCCGCGCCCGAGUCGGGAGAUCAGGGCCAAGACCACCUGGCCAGCGACAUGUGGGACCUGGGCGUCGUGUUCCUGAAGGCGACUGUGUGGCUGCUUGGAGCCCCUCCGAGCGUCUUUCCGCAAUGGCUAGACUCCGAAUCUACCGAGACCGGCCGCAGGCCUCCGCUAUGGAAGCACAAGGACGACUUAUUGGGAUGGGUCGCGGCUCGAGCCAGUCCCAAAAGUUCCCAUACCAGGUGCUACCAGAAGCUGGUACCUCUGAUUUCAGGCCUUCUACACAGCUCGUUACAUGAGCGACCAGCCGCACACGAAGUAGUCGGGGAGGUGCUCAGCUGGGAGGACUGGUCCGAGUUCUGUUGCACAGAGUGUUAUGGGGAGCCCCAGACGUCCGAUCAGGGAAGCACUGAAUUGUGGGCAGAUCCGGUACCCCUGAGGACCUUGGCGUGGAGACAUGCUCCGAGAGGCAUGGAGGCCAGCGCAUCUACUCCUCAGGUGGCCGACCCCCCUUGGACUCGGCAGACUGGAGGGAUACCUGGUUCUGACGGCAACAGCGAUCUACUCCCCCAACCGCCAACAAGGCUGAGCUAUACCGCGCCAUUUGCUGAAGCCUGGACUGGUUUCGUGCCAGGAUAUGAGGGCAAUAUAGCGACGGCUUUCCCUCCACAUGCCCGAUAUACCAGCCAGGCGCCCCUCGAGGCAAGCCGCAGCACACUAGAGAAUGACGCCGGCUAUGACUGCCCCUCACCUGUCUUCAGCUCUACUGAGGAAUACAGCAGUGACUCAUUUACUGACGCGAGCUCAGAGAGGAUAUCAUUUUGUUAUGGGGCUGCGAGUGCCCUCGAGUCCACCCCGGCAACCUCCUUCUCAACAUUAGCAGAGUCACUGAAUGGCCCAGCGUACCACGUUCCAGGGUAUCCGCAAGAGAAGGCUACAUUUUAUGACAAUGUUGGCCUGGACGGCAACCAGUGGCAACCUCCACCGUCUCAGCAGCCGCAGCCGCCACCCCCGGCUUCCUGGGACAGCUUGCCGGCCACCUUCUCAGUUACCAACACGAGAACAACACGGUCACCCCCAUCAAGCAAGUCACACAAAUCCAAGUCCAGCAACACCAACUCGAAGCAGACGGACUUGCUGCCGCUCAUGGCGUGCGCGCCAGACGCCACAAUCACCAAGGGCCUCAUCGACUGCUGCGCCAACGCCCACAGCACGCUGCUCGCGCAGUUCCUAGACGUGGCCAUCAACAGGGGGCUCACCAGGAGCUGCCGCAAGGCCCUGGUCCGCGCCGUGGCGGGCGCCAGCAGCCGACACAACCGGUGCGCGCGCGUCGUACUCGACCGCCUCGACGACGACGCCGACGCCGACGCCGCCGCGGCCAUGAUCAACCAGAUCGACGGCGCCCGGGGGAAGACGGCCCUGGGCCUCGCCGUCGAGCACCCGGACUUUGAAGGCUACGGCAGGCUCGCGCGCCUCCUGCUGGACCGGGGCGCGGACCCCAACGUCCCGGACCGGCGGGGCGUCUACCCCGUCGCGGGGCUGCUGCUGUCCGCCCUCGGGGCGCAGGAGGCCCAGGCUGGCGGCGGUGGCGGUGGUGGUGGCGGCAGGGAGGGGCCGGACGGGGCGCGGGGACGGGGACAGCCCCAGACGCAUCAUCCCAUGUACCGCCAACGCCGCCCCCUGAUGAGCCCGAGCCGCCUGCAAGUGCUAAAGCUCAUCCUGGAGUCCCCGCGCGGCGUCUGCUGCCUGGACGUCUGCGUGCCCGGCGGCGCGGGGGACCGGCCGCUGCACCUCGCGGCGCGCGGGCUCUUCGCAGGCGCGGUGGCGCUGCUGUUGCGGCACGGCGCGCGCGUCGACGAGCCGAACGCGGAGGGGCUGACGCCUCUGCGGGUGGCGGUAAAGUCGGGGCGGCUCUGGGGGACAGCUGGGGGCACCGCCGCGGCGCGGGAAGUGGUUGGGCUUUUGGUGGGCGCCGGCGCGGCUGUCCCACCCGAGCUUCGAGGAGAUCCUUCUGUGGAUGGUAUAUGAACUAUAGCGGAGCAGCCACGAGAGCCUAAGUCGAUCUUGGAGAGCAGCCGAGAUGUAGGAUGUGCCAUGGGGAGUGUAAGGUUGUGUUGGAUGGUGAGUGCAUUGUCGAGAAGAAAAGCUCAACGUGCGGCAGUAAUAGAAGAUCCAAGCGAAACACCAAGCAGCAUGGGUGAGUGUCGCCUGACGAGAAUCUGAAUCUGAUAUCAAUACCAAAC